UGUGUGUGUCAGAGAGUGAGAGAGGAGGAGGUAAAACCAACAACAAUAACAUCAUGUCCACACCGGAGCGGAAGCGCUAUCAUAAGGAUAAUGCGCCAACGGAUGACAUAUUGACACUCAUCAAUUUGGUGCGACAAAAUCCCACAUUGUAUAAUUACAAAUUGCAACCAAACCAGCGACGAAGAUCCGACAUAUUGAGUGGGUGGCAGGACGUGGCCCAGCAAAUUGGCAAUAAAUAUACAGUGCAAGAGGUGAGACGUAAAUGGAAGAAUCUAAGGGACACCUACCAUCAGUAUCGCCUGCGGACACCCAAAUGCAUUGAGGGACGCUUGUCCAAAUGGCGGUAUGCCAAGGAACUGGAAUUUCUAUCGACGGUGUAUCAGCCCAAAUUGAAAUCCCAUCGAACACAGUCAAGCAGCUAUGAAACACUGGCCAGCAGUGUUGGACAUCCGGCUCCUAUUGGAACGAUGCUGCAAUUGAAACAGCAUCAGCAACAAUAUCAGCAACAACAGCAGCAGGAUCAGGAGAAGAACGACGAGGAUGAGGAUGAACAGGGAUAUGAAGAAGAGGAGGAGGAAGAGGAGCAGGCCACAGCCGAUGAUAAGGACGAGGUAGUUGAUGAUGAUGGCCUCUCUUCGCAUCAUGGCACCUCUCAAAUCACAUUAGUUAGCGAUGAGGCGGAGACUUUCAUAUUAAGCGCCUACGAGGAGAGUGUAGCGGAUGAGCAUCAUCAUCACCAUCAUCAUCAUCAUCACCAGCAUCAGCAGCAACAGCAUCAUCAUCACACCCACCAGCAUCAUCCCCAUCAGCCACAUCAUCACCAUCAUCAUCAUCAGACGCAGCACGAUGGCAGCAUCUCGAGCAUUGAGCUAUCCCAUAUAGUCCACGGCGAUGAUGAUGAUGUCGUCGACGACGACGUGGAUGAUGUGGAUGACGACGAUGGUGGUCAUCAGGUGGUGGAUAUUGUUAAGCAUGAACUGGACGAGGAUGGGGGCGCUGUAGCAGAGGUGGACUACGAAGAGGUCUGUCUGUAUGAGGAGGCAAGCGGGGCGCAUGUGGACUGUGAGAUGGGCGGAGUGAGUGUGAGCGAUGGCGUCGAUGGCGAUGGCAGUGAUGUGGCCGAUUCCAAGGGCUUCCAUUAUAUUGAUACCCACGAUUUUUGCAUCUCGGACAUUGAAACGCAAACGGUGGCUGUGAAGCAUCAUGUCGGAUAUGCAGGAGCAGCCACAAACAGUGUCCUGGCUGGUGGCACUGCAGUGGCCGAUGGCAAGCUUAAGAAUCUCACAUUGGUCACGACCACAACCACUGCCAAUGCUGGAGCCUCAACGGGAGCAUCCGGUAACAAUUCUUCCUCCUCCUCCUCCUCGGUGGUCACUGGAACGCAGCAUAUUGCCCUGGUGGAUGUCACCGAGGCGACAAGCACCAGUGUAACCAUUUCCAGCACGCCGGCCAUAUCGCUAAAUGCAGCCACGGUGACAACAACGCCAGCGGCAGCAGCUGCAUUGUGCAAUACCACAUCCUUUACCACACCCACAGCGACUAUACUCCAAUUGCCCUCGCUUAGCUGUGGCAGUAGUGCUGGAGGAGGCGGCGGUGGUGGUGGUGGAAGCAGUGGAACCGGUACACCCUUAACCGUUAGCAGUUCGCUCAAGGAUGAUGAUCAUCCGCAUCAUCAUUCGCAGCACCAGCAGCAACAUCUUCAUCAGCACCAGCAGCAUCAACAUCAACAGAUGGCCCAGGCUUUGGCAUUGUCCAAACGAGACGAACUCGAUUUGUUUUUCGAUUUCCUCAAAAAGAAAAUGCAAUGCUUCAGCAAGACCCAAAUCACGCACAUUCAAAUGGAGUUCUUGAAUUGCGUAAGUAGGCAAGAGGCUGCCGAUCAGGAUGCCAAGGAUUAGUUGCCCGACGACGAUUAGUUGUAGUUGUUUUGCUCUUUUUUUUUCUGUCAGUGUAUAGGCUUAGAAUUUUUUAUAUCGAAGUUGUUCCCAUAUUACGAUUCGUAAGUCGGCCGAACCAUAUACAGAAUACACACAUUCAUUUAUGUAUAUAUAUAUAUAUCUAUAUAUAUAUAUAGAUAUAGUAUGAUGUGUGUUAUUGUAAAAUCCGAGGAUGUGGCUAAUUUCGGCUGUGCCGUAGUUUCUACCCGUGUAUGUGUUUGCAUUGUGACCAUUCGAUCAUUCCUACUGAAUGGAAAUAGUCAUCCAACUGCAAUAAAAUUGGACAGUAGAUACAUUUUGAGGGAGACACGAGUCUAAUCUGUGGAUCGCUUAGCUUGACAACAUUUCUAGAAAAUUUUACACCGUAAUUAUUAACGUAUUUUUUUUUUACUUAAAAACUCUCUAAAGAAAGUUAUAUGUUAUAGCUAUCUGAUAUUGAUAAAGUCUAGAGAAAACUAAAUUUAUUAACUAGAAUGUUUGGCUUCAGUUAACUUAAUUUUAGAGCUAUUUGAUCUAAUGGUUCGAUUUGUAUGAUACCCAAUUUAAUCUUAUAUGUGAAUCCAUUCAGUAUAUAAUAAUUCCCUGGUCAUAAAUGCAUACAUAUAUCCUUUUGGCAAUGGGAAAAUUGGAAGCUAGACAUAAAAUAUUAAUUAGUACUGCAAAUCUCAAAUUUUCCAAGUGGCAGAAUUACGAGUUGGAAUGAGAGGAACAACACCGUAUAUAUUAUUAAAUAUAAAUUGCCAAUAAAUCCCCACACAGACACAAAUGGCUUGGGAUUAGUUAUGUUGAUCUAAGCUUAAAACCAAUCCAAUCGCUGCAUUACCUUAACCAUUAUGUAUGACACUUUUUCAUAUAUAGAAUAUAUAAAUAUAUAUAAUUACAUAUAUUAACCAUAUAUUGCUUAUGGUUUCCCCGAAUUGUAAUAUGAAUUUUAAUUGUAAAAAUAAAUUUAAUCGAUUCUCGAAGAAAAA